UCAGGGAUCACCAACGCGGGCCUUGCAGACGCUGUUCAAUAUUUACAAAAAAAACACCCGGACGGUUGAGGAUUUGUGGUGAACUCGGUGUGGGAGCACGGGCAGCGCCGCCGGCAGUGGGCGUGGGCGUGGGCGAGCGCCAUCCCAUCCCCAUCCCCAUCCCCGCCGCACAGACCCGGACCCGGCCUCACCGCCUUCCUCCCAUCCACCAGUUCUGUUCUCCAGGAAAAGGGGAUACUUUCCUAUUCAUAAUGAAGAUCUCUUGGCUCCUGAGUCGCAGGCUGUUCAUCCCCCCAGUCCACUGGUUCCUCCUCUGCUCCGUCAUUCUGCUGCUACUUCCGGUACCUGCUGCAACAGAACAGGAUUCCUGCCAGAUUUGCCGGCAGAUUGCUGAAAACUUCAGAAAGGGAAUGGAGAAAACUGCAAACAAGAAUUUUGGUGGUGGGAACAGUGACUGGGAGGAGAAAAAUUUGGCGAAGUACGAAAACAGCGAGACUCGGCUGGUGGAGAUUAUAGAGAUGCUAUGUGAAAGCAUGAAUUUUGAUUGCAAUCAGAUGGUAGAACGGAGUGAGGAUCAUAUUGAACAUUGGUGGUUCAAAAAGCAGGAGGAGCAUCCAGAUCUAUUCCAGUGGCUCUGUCUGGAUACCAUCAAAAUGUGCUGUCCUGCUGGGACCUUUGGACCUGAAUGUCAAUCAUGUAUAGGUGGAUCAACAAAGCCAUGCAGCGGAUAUGGUAAAUGUGAUGGUGAUGGAACACGGUUUGGGACUGGGCUAUGUAAUUGUAGUCACGGCUAUGCAGGUUCGAUCUGCAUGGAGUGUGCUGAUGGAUACUUUGAAGAGCUAAGGAAUGAUACUCAUUUGAUAUGUCAAGAAUGUUACAAAUCCUGCAAGAAGUGCACGGGUCCUGAAGACUAUAAAUGCCUCGACUGCAAAGUCGGUUGGUUCUUUCAUGAAGACAAGUGUAUAGAUAUUGAUGAGUGUGACCUGGAGUCGCCAAGCUGCAAGGCUGGUCAUUAUUGUGUGAACACAGAAGGCUCCUAUGAGUGCAGAGGUUGUGACAAAGCAUGUUUGACCUGUAUGGGAGCUGGACCCAGUAGAUGCAAAAAGUGUAAUCAAGGUUAUCAGAUGGAUGGUGCAAAGUGUCUGGAUAUUGAUGAGUGCGACAGUGAGAUACCUGUCUGUAAAGGCGUACACGAAGAGUGUACAAAUACAGAUGGCAGCUACAUCUGUGGAUGUGUUGAGGGAUACUCUAAACAAGAUGGUGUUUGUGCUGAGGACAAGCUGUCAGCUGCCCCUGAAGAAGGUCUCUUUGACAAUGUCACUGAAGAUGAGAUGGUGGUGCUGCAACAAAUGUUUUUUGGUGUCAUCAUCUGUGCGCUGGCAACACUUGCAGCAAAGGGAGAUAUGGUCUUCACUUCAAUCUUCAUUGGCGCCAUUGCAGCAACUGCGGGAUACUGGCUAUCGGAGAAGUCAGACCGUCUUGUAGAUGGAUUUCUUAAAGGAAAAUAGUGACUCAUUUAAUUUAAGAGAAAUGAAUCAGACAAUUAUCUGUGGUAAUAGUUGACUGAAAGAAAAGUGGCUUGUUACCCGCAGACUGCUUUGGCAGAGCCAGAGAUUGGGUAUAUCAGUUGAAAUUAAGAGUUAAAAAAAAAAAAAAAUUAUAAAUUAUGAAUUCAAAUCAUUCUAUAAAUUAUGAAUUCAACACAAACUGCAUGUUUGAAAACCCAAGAUUUAUGUGCAGAAGGCAUGAGUCAGGAUGUCCAUAUCAGAACAACCCUCAUGCUUGUACAUUUUGGUGAAUACAAAGUUCAGAUAAGUCAUACCACUAUGUAACUUUCUUCAUAAUCCACUAAUUUAUUGUAAAAAGCUGUUCUAAAUUAUUGUGAAACACUGUUGCAUGGGCUUGAUCCAUAUACUUAGUUAUCAGAGGAAAAAUAUUCUAACACUUUUCAGGUAUAUCAUGCUUUCAUCUAUAAAAUAUCUAUUCAUGUCAGAAAAAUCGCCCAAGUUGAGCCAGGUGGACAGUGGCUGAAGUAAUGAACUUGUCUGUGUCCAGUUUAUACUCCUGGAGUGGCAUUGGAUUGGUCAUUUAUCUGGUGCCACUCGAUAGGUUUUCUAGUAUCUGGCCACUGUAUUGAGUCUAGCGUUCUCAUUCAUACGUUUUUCUUUUUGAAAAUUGUCUUAAGUGGGUGAGAAUCGAGUACGUAGCCAAUGUCAGGCACAAAAUGAAUAUAGGUUUAGUUGAAAAUGAAGCACGGCAUAGUCUAGCAAAAUAAUAUGUGUUUCUUGGACUUUGAGAGUGGGAUGGUUAGAAAAUAAUUCUAAGUAAAUAACCUGUUCUUUUUCAUGACCCACUGAAGUGAUUUAUGUUAAGAAUUUUAAGUUUUAGAACCUGUUAUUUAAGCAAGAAGAGUUGGGAUCGAAUGAGCGUUGUAUGGUGUAUAAUAGUUGGGUAAUGACUAGCUAGCUAGCAAGCGGUUAAAUGUAGAGGGUGAAGUAUGAAUGGGGCCAGAGUUGUUUUGCAGUUGGAAGAGUUGAAGCCAUUACAGCAUCUACAAUGAGCCAAGUACUGGACUGGAAGCAGAUGCCUAUAUUAUUGUGAAGCUGAAGAGAGUUUUCAGAAACAAUCUUGAUCUUAUAUAAGUCUGUACUUGCCUUCGAGCAAAGAACACUCUUGCUCUUUCAUUUUCAUAAAUUGGAAAGGGAUAUGUUAUAUUCGUGGGUUUAAAACUGAAGUUCCUCAAAGGAUCUCUGGGAGCAUCUGGUCAAAAAAGCAACCUGCAUUCUCAUUGUCUCUGAAGCUGUAAUAAUGGAUAUUUUAUGUCGGAUCCAUAAUCUCUCUGAUAUCAAUCCAUCAAAUAAUACAAUGACAUAACCACCAAGAAACUGGGACAUUUGCCAGCACUGGAAAAGACAUUGGUAUUUAUGACAAUGUUAUUGAUAUGAGGUUUGCUAAUCUCACUGUUACGUAAGCUUUUCUUUAAUCAUAAGGAAUUUCCUUUGUAAUGUGUCCAUUGAAACUAAGAUUCACAGACCCCAGAAGCUUUGGAAUCUGUGGAAAAUGUCUAGGCACACUCCUCCAUUGUGGAGGACAUCACUCAGUGGAUAUGUACUUUUCAACAGGACAAGUAGAUAUUAAGACUGAUUUGGCUGAUUUUUUGUUGUUGUUGUUGUUGCCUAUUUCCCCAAGAUAUGAGUUGCUAAAUUAGUAACUCUGCACUCAAUGCAAAGCCAAUUGGUUGGGUUUGGGACACUUGACUGCAAUUCAGUAGCACCCAGAACAAUUGCAGGAAUGUAUGCGUCAGUUCGUGGGGUUGUAACUUGAGGAGGAAUAGAUUUCAGAGCUUCAUAUCAAUGGAGUGGUGUUUAUUACUGCCUUGAUAGUCAUUUUGAGAUAAUGUUAUAUAUUUUGUGUUUUCAGUUCCUUUUGCAGAAAAUAAGUUAUGUUGUAAACAGAAACAAAGUGAUGGAUGUACAAGAUGCCGCAAUCAACUGCUGUGAAGAAACAAAACAUGAGUUACAAUGUUGUGGGUAUGUUCUGAGGAAGGGUAAAGAGCUUGUAUUUUAUGUUCAGCAAAAUGCAUCAAUAACUUGUCAUCACUUUGCUGCUAUUGUCAACUUUAUUCUGUAUCUCCAGCAUUUUAUGUUGUGCUCUCAUGCAUUGGAUUUUUUUUUUCGGGUUUAUUUUAUAUCUGUAAUGAUGUGAUUUGUGUUUGCAUAAUCUCUUGUUUAAUUCCUUUCUGUAAUACAUCAGAUAUUUCCAUUGUAGUGGUUUGAAGUCUUAUUUAUUGUUCUUUAACUUGUCUACCUAAUUUAUUAUGCUAAACGGUUGCAAACCAAGUCCCGCUUCAAUGGGAUACCAUUGUUACUCUUGCAUUGAUAAACUUUGAGGAAUUGUGUGCAAAAUAUUUUUGUUUUAAGUCACAUAUCAAGUUCUUGUAUCUGGGCCCCCUCAUUGAAGCUGUGCUACCAAAGUUGUCAACGUUUUAACAAGCGGUUUUCCUUUGUCUUUCAAUCAAACAAUGCAAGGGGGGUAUGGCAGAGUACCAGUUUAAAAUAAGUAAUUAUUGAUUUUCCCUGUACUUUAAGAAAGUAGAACUAGUAUUUUAUUUUGACUUGAUCGCAAAGGUUAGCUCCGUGUGUUAUCCUUGUUUUUGAAAAAAAAAACAAAUGGUUUAGUUAAAAAAUUGCACCCAAAUUGCAGUUGUUAAAACAGCUGCUAGAAAUAUCUGCACUGAAAUUGCCUUUUGUAUCUGCACUGAACUGGUCUUUACCUUUGUUCAAUCAUGGGGCUAAAAUGGGAUAAAGCCCUGCCCCUGUCAUUCAAGAGUUUGACCGUUACUGUUCAUUCUUAAAGUAUGCAAUUCUUUCUAUAUGGAUCCCAAGAAUGGGACACAUAUCACAAGUCUUUGGACUGCCGGAUACAACUCCACUAUUUAAGACAAAGGACUUUCAAAAAAGUGCAUUAGAAAAGCAAAGUAUGGAAAUUAAGCCUUGAAUACCCAAUUAUUUUAAUUUCUGUUACCUACAUAAAGUCAUCUUGUGCAUUAUCUCUUUAAAUAGGCGUGUAUGUGAUUUAUGUUAACAUUUCUUGCAAUGCUCUUGUAUAUCUAGGUAAGAUGAUAACCUCAUGCGUGUAUGUUUCCUGUGCACGCAGGUUAGUUUAAUAUCAGAGAUGUACAAUGACAUCUUCAUUGGAGUAUUUGUAUACCUAGACAUGCCAGAGCGCACGUUAAUACAAAGUGGUCUGCAUUUAUUCAUCCUUUAUUGUAUUUUAUGGUUUCAAGCAUUUGUAAUGUAUCCAGAUGUUUCAUUGGGAGCCUCCAACUCUCACACAAUCCAACCUCUGGAUGUUUUCCAGUUGUGUUUGAAGUCGACUGAUCAAUAUUAGUUAAUAAUGGAGAUAAAUGGGGUUGGAAAUUAUGUUUCUGAGGUAUUCCAAAUAUGCCUUUUUAAUAAUUGGGUGAGCCCAAAUGAAAUGGCAUGUUGCAAAAUAUGGGAACCGGGUAAAAUCUCAAAAUCUGGAACUGCUAGCACUGAAAUUCUAUUUAAAAAUAAAAUCAACAUUUUGUGCUUAUA